GAAUUAUCGAGCAUGCGCAGUUGAGGUUCGUGCCAUAUUGGAACGAGGCAGAGGACAGGAGAAAGACGGGGGUAACGUUUUAAAUUUACUUGGAAGAACUAGGAAAAGUUGGAAGUGGUUUUAGCUACUGCUAAUACAGUCUCCUCGGUGGUGUUGGGAACACAGUGGGGGCAUCAUGAACCCCGAGACACAGGGAUCUGGCGGCUCUGAACUGGAGUCUGACUUCAACUGGGAUGAAUAUCUGGAGGAGAAUGGAGUAUUGGCGGUUCCACAUCACGCCUUCAAACAUGUGGACCGUAGCCUGCAGACAGGGCUGGCUCCAGGGAUGAGUUUGGAGGUGUGUGUGCGUUCGGAGCCUGACCAACCCUACUGGGUGGCCACCAUCAUCACCACCUGUGGCCAACUGCUGCUGCUGCGGUACGAGGGUUACCACGACGACCGACGAGCAGACUUUUGGUGUGACAUCAUGAACUCUGACCUCCACCCUCUGGGCUGGAGCAGACAGCACAGGCAACCAAUGAGACCGCCUGAGGGUGUCCGUGAGAAACAUGCUGACUGGGAAGCUGUCCUAGAGGAGGCUCUGGCUCAGGGAGGGAGUGCACCAGCACACCUACUGGAGGGGGCCCAGACAGGGGGAGACCUGUUCCCCCUGGGGUGGUGUGUGGAGCUGCAGGACAGUGUAGACCCAGGGGUGGCCUGGGGGGCCCAGGUGGAGGACAACAUAGGGGGCCGGCUGUGUCUGCGCUACACUGGGACGGAGGGGCUCACUCAGUCACAGACCAGGCGCUGGGUAUUCUACCUGGACCCCCUCUUACACCCACCUGGCUGGGCUGAGGAAAACAGCUUCUCUCUCACCCCACCUGCUGUGCUUCGUGGUUUGCGCAGCGAGACAGAGUGGGAGGAGGUGAGAAAGAACAUUAGACAGCCUAAAGAAGAAGCCAUCAAUGAAGACUUCUUUAAGGACAGGCCAGUCCUCUCUCCUCACUGCUUCUCUGAGGGGAUGAAGUUAGAGGCAGUGGACCCCGCUGCCCCCUUCAACACCAGCCCAGCUACUGUCACCAAGGUGCUGAGCGACCAGUACUUCAGGGUGCAGAUGGACAGCCUGCAGGGAGACAGUGAAGGGGCGGGGCCUGGCUUAUCCUUACUCUGUCACUAUGGGAGCACCGGAAUCUUCCCUGCCCAAUGGAGCCUUAAAAAUGGGGUACCCCUCAGUCCCCCUCCAGGUUACCAGGGCCAGAACUUUGACUGGGCGGAUUACCUGAAACAGUGUGGAGCGGAAGGAGCACCAGAGAGCUGUUUCCCCGUGGGGCAGAGUGAUCAUGACUUUGUUGAGUCCAUGAGGCUGGAGGCGGUGAAUCCUGUCUCUCCUGAGCAAGUUCACGUGGCAACCGUAACCAGGGUCAGAGGUCAGCACAUCUGGUUGCAUCUGGAAGGGUUGAAGCAGCCUCUCCCUGACAUCAUCACUCAUGUGGACUCCCUGGACAUCUUUCCAGUCAGUUGGUGUGAGAGUAAUGGCUAUCCCCUCCAACACCCCUACAAACCUAGAGCUCAGAGGAAGAGCCAUGUGACCGUGGUGCAACCAGAAAAGCAAUCUCCACUUAAAGCCACGGCCCCUGAUGCAGCGAGGCAGCAGGAUCUGAACCAAUCGGAGAACGCAGCUCAGGGUAACGGGAAGUACAGCUGCCCAAAGAUCUAUUUCAACCACCGCUGUUUCUCUGGCCCCUACCUGAACAAGGGCCGUAUCGCUGAGCUGCCCCAGAGCAUUGGCCCUGGCAACUGUGUCCUGGUGCUGAAAGAGGUGUUGACUCUGCUGAUCAGCUCGGCCUACAAGCCCAGCCAGGUGCUGAGGGAGCUGCAGCAGGACCCAGAGCUCAGGGGGCACGGCCAGGGAGAGACUCUGAAGGCCAAGUACAAAGGGAAGAGUUACCGGGCCACUGUGGGGAUUGCCCGUACAGCUGACCAGGUGGCUGAGUUCUGCAGGAAGACGUGUGUGAGGCUGGAGUGCUGCCCCAACCUGAUCGCACCUCACAUGGUGCUGGAAGACUGCUCGGAGAACUGCUCCCUUCUCACCAAGACCAAAUACACUCAUUACUAUGGUAAGCAGAAGACCAAGCGAAUCAGCCUUCCCCUUGGUGGUUACACCAACCUGGAGAGCAGCACCAAGCAGGGGAGCAGGAGGAAGAAGAAAAAGCCCCUAUUUGUCCACAAGAAGAAACACCUGUCUACCUCUGUAGACAGCACCCCUGCUGGCUCCCCACUGGCUAGUGGAGAAGAGGAGGACCUGGAUGAGGACUACUCUCUGAGUGAAGAGGACUCAGGCUCAGAGCUGCAGGAUGACUAUGAGGUAUCAGAGAGGAAGUCCCAGCCCCCCUCUCCCUCCCCCUGUCCCACCCCUACAGAACCUCGCCCCCGGGACAGACCCCGUCGCCAGCGCAGGAAACCCGCCCGCUCACCCUCCUACUCAGACGAUGAGAACGGUCCCACCUUACCUAAGAGUGGGCGGGUGGAGGUGCAGGAGAAGCUGCAUCUGGACAGCAGUCCUCUGGGCUGGAGCAUCACUGAUGUGACCCGUUUCAUCAGAACUACUGACUGUGCCCCGCUGGCACGUAUAUUCAGGGACCAGGAGAUAGAUGGCCAGGCCCUGCUGUUGCUGAGCCUGCCCACAGUACAGGAGUGUAUGGGGCUGAAGCUGGGCCCUGCCAUCAAACUGUGCCACCUUAUAGAGAGGGUUAAACUGACCUUUUACCAGCACUUUGCCAGCUGAGGAGUGUGUGUGUGUGUGUGUGGUUGGUCUCAAGCUCAUUACUAAGCCAUAUCACAUUCAGCGUUGUUGUAAUGUACAGUAUGUGCUGCUCCAGGAUGGACACAGCUUAUAGCCUCAGCUGUUCACCCUGGAAUGUGACUGGAUUCUGUAUCUUUCAGGGAUUUCAUGUUUAC